UGAAAUCCUCCUUUCUUCGGCCCAUAGUCUUAUAGGUUGGCCUGAGUCUGAGAGAUUCACUGAUUCUUCAUUCUAGUCCUUAGUGGGUUUCAAAUUGUCCAAUAUUCGGCCCAUUUAUGCCAUUUCCGGCCCAAGGAAUCGAGCUGCCGGAGCCCAUUAACGAGUUCUGAUUCUCCCCUCCUCUACCGAUUCAUUGUGCCUCUGCAAGACUGCAACAAUGAUGAAAUGAAUUACCUAAACUGUAGAGGCUUCUCUGUCCGAGUCUAUGAAUAAACCAUGGACUUCAGUAAUAUGCCUGGAACGCAAGCGAACAAUUUGCCUGGAAUGCCCUCAAACCCACCGGCAGCAACGAUGGACCCAUACUCUUCCAAUUACAGCAACUUAUAUUACCCUUCACUCCUAGAAUCUCAAAACCCUAAUUCUCAUCAAUCUUACGCUGAAAAAACACCGAUACCCGCUGUUGCAGUUGACGCUUCCGCCGCCCUCAGCUCCUACACGCAUGCCCUUUAUCAUGGCAGCUGCGACGCGUCGCUUGGGUAUUACUCCGAUCCCAAUUUACAAAAUUGGGCCGCUAACGAGGCCAUCCGGCAAUAUGUCUCCGACCCAGCUGCAUUGGGAGGCACUGUUCAGGGUAUUGCGAUGCCUGUAAGCAGAACUGAACAGUUGACUAUUGGAAAACCUAGCUCCACCUUGUGGGGUAAUCUUACAGUUCAGUCUGGUAAAACAGUCCAUUGGAAGAAGCUAUUGAAGAAGACAAAGAUUGUGCAGUCUGCAUACUGUGAAAUUUGCAAAGUUGACUGUAACAGUAAGGAGGUGCUUGACCAGCAUAGAUUGGGGAAAAAACAUAAGAAGAACUUCGAGAAAUUGCUGGCAGCAAGUGCCCCUGCUCCCAGUGCUUCAGCAGUAUCAAAUGGUCCACUUAUUGGUCCACUAGAAAACCCUAAUAAAAGCACAGACAAGCAAAAUAGUAAAAAGAAAGCAGCAGAACCAGUUGAGGACUUGGAGACCAAGAGAAGGAAAAUUGUUCAAGGUGGAGCAGCAGUGGAGGCUGUUAGAACAUGUGGAGUUUGUAAUGUGGUGUGCAAUAGUGAUACAGUCUUCAAAUACCAUAUUGCAGGACAAAAGCAUGCUGCUAUGCUGAAAAAACUUGCAGCCGGAUUAGGCUUGGCGACUGCACCACCCUAACAUCAUUGGCCAAUCCAUAAGGUUUUCCUGGUACAUUAUUUGUUAUUUUCAUUCCUGAGAUAUAAUGGAAGAAUGGCUUUUAUCA